CUUCUAAAAAACGACUCUAAACUAGAAGGCAAGAUUUUUAUCCAAACUCAGGAAGUAAACAUUUUCAGAACGAGGCUCUGUUUCAAAACGAGGUACUGACCUACAUAAAAAAUGGCCAAUAUGCCUGAGUUGGUACAAAUCAUCGAACAUGACAUUCCUGACUGCAGAAACAACCUUUUACAGAGCAGGGAUAAUCUGCGGAAUGUAGCAGGCUAUUGUGAGAGCAACUACAUUCAAUCUGCUGACAAGCGUCAUGCAUUGGAAGAAACAAAGAACUUCACAACACAAUCGUUGGCAAGUGUUGCUUACCAGAUCAAUACUUUGGCCACCAACUUCCUGCAACUACUGGACCUUCAGACCAAUCAACUCGCAGAGAUGGAGUCAAGUGUCAAUCAUCUCUCACAGACUGUGAUGAUACACAAGGAGAAAGUUGCGAGGAGGGAGAUUGGUGUAAUCACGACUAAUAAAAGUGCAACAAGGCCACAGGGGGUUAAGAAUCCUGGCAUUAUCUUCCCAGAGCAGUCAGAAAGACCCAUCAAAUACACUAGGCCUCAAAUAGACUAUUCCACUCUUGAUGACAUAGGGCAUGGAGUCAAGGUCCAGACAUCUAAUCCUCGUGUACAGAGAGCUGACUCAAGUGCAAGUUCCAUGUCACACAUGAGUGAACGCAGUAGCAGUAUCUCCGGUGCACCCCAGACCAAGCCUCCAACUCCCCCAAUGCAGAAGAGUGCAGGAGACACCCUGACGCGACGAGGCUCACACAUCAGCAACUCGCCAUACAGAGUUCCAGCACCAGUGGUCCCUAGUGACUAUGCAGCUAAUUAUCCUAGGUCUGGGUCUAUUUCGUCACAACAGUCCAACUCAGCCAUCAGUAGGAACUCUACACGUUCUAGCACCAGCCACUAUGACAGGUUCCCAGGUGGUCGCCCAACUGAUGCUCCCCCUGCCCCUCCAACAGGGAUGGUGCUCCCAAUGUCCCAUGGCCCAGGUGUGGCACCCCCACCCCCUCAAGUUAUGCAGCACCAACAGUCUGUAGAUGAACCACUUCCUCCUAUGCCACACAACAUGGAUAGACCAGGAAACUUGUCUCCCCCACUGCCCCCACCCCCAGACAUGACCCCUGAGCCAUCAUCACCCCUCCCCCCUCCAAUGAGCUUCGACCAACACCCCAUGGGUUACAUGGGAGAGGAGAUAGGAAGAGGUAGCAUGAUGCCCUCUGGUGAGCAAACCCCGGAAUGGGUCCCCGAGAAUUACUUAGAAAAAGUUGUCGCAAUCUACGACUACGAGCAAGAUAAGGAUGAUGAACUUUCAUUUAGUGAAAAUACUGUCAUUUACGUGAUCAAGAAAAAUGAUGACGGUUGGUGGGAAGGUGUAAUCGAUGGACAAACUGGACUCUUUCCAGGAAAUUAUGUAGAGGGGUGCAUUUAAGACUAUAUCUAGCGUUUCAAGAAGGGUUGUACAUUAAUAAGGAAGAAAGGAAUGAUUGAUUGAUAAGUGAAUGUAUUGAAUUGUCACAUAUCAGAAAAGUCUCAAUGAGUGUAAUUGUCAUGCACCAAUCCCCUGUGAUUGUAUUCAUCCUCAAUGUAAGGUCUUCCAUGGCUUAGGUCGGGGAAGUUGAUAGGGAUUAGGAAUUAGAGGAAGGGUUCAGAGGAUUUAAGAACGAAAUCCAUAUUAUACAUGUACGAUACUGCCAGUAUUUUUGAUAUGCACAUUCAAGGCCACAUGUUCAAGUGAAUGUUUGUUUGAAAUUUCAGUCAUAGACUAGGGUGUCUUGCAGAUGGAAAAACUUGCAGUAUAAGACAAUAUGUUCCAAUUGCCAAUGAAUGAGACCCUGGCCAUUAGCGGAAACCCUCAGUCACUUUCAAAGUAUAGAAGGUGUGAAUGGUGGGAGUUGUUUGAUAAUCAUGUUUAUAGUUUCGUGGUUUGGUAAUAGAUGUCACUGAAAAUCAUAUGUAUUAUUAACAUAUACAGCUAGGAGUAAACAAUACUCCUAAAUUAUAUAUAGAUUGUAUUCAUUUAAAUUGCUUAAUUGGGACUAAACAUUGUCUCAUGCAAAUAUUAAUUAUGUUUACUUUGUAUUUACUGUAAAGACGUGCGUUAUGCAAACAAGUAUUGUAUAGUUUCUAGAUUUAUUUUAUGUUUAACGGAGUCUUGUUAGGGAUAUAGUGAAACUCUCAGUCAGUCCAUCUGUCAGUACAAUGUACAAUGAAAAAUAGUUUCACACUAAUGGUUAUUGAUUAAGAAAAUAAAUUCUUUGCAAAUGUUUUUUGAUGGCUUUAUUAUUAUUCAUGUUCUCAACUUGAAGGUAUUUAAAAGCAGAGCUCAAAUGUAACUUUGUCUUACUGAUUUACUCCUUGGAUAUUAACGACAAUCUUCAAAUUCACAAGUUGAUUUUGGGAAUGAUAUUUUGUUGCCAUUUUCCAGGAUAAAAAUUUGAAAAAUAGGUAUGCCACAGUCAAUGUUUGCCUACAUGUAAUAAAAUUGUACUCAUAAAACAUUGCAAAUGAAGA